GCGCGGGGACCCUGAGACCGAGCCGCGCCGCCAGCGGGCUGGGUGCGGGAGCGAUGGGGGUCCCCGAGGCGACUGUGCGGGACCUGCGCCGACGCCGCGGUGCGGGCGCUCAGGGUGCGGGUAGACGCGCCGGCGCGCGGUGCGGAGCGCGGAGGGCGCUCGGCUGAGCGGGGAGCGGGGUCCAGGGCGCAGCACCAGGCGCGCCGGCGCGGGGCGCGGAGGGCGCUCGGCUGAGCGGGACGCGGGGAGCGGGGGUCCCGGGCGCAGCGCGAGGCGCACGGGUGCGGGGCGUGGUGCGUGCCCGGAGCGGACGCGGGCCGGCGCGGGAAAGCUGCAGGGCGGGGCGGCGCGGUUAUUGGCCACGCGCAGGGAGAAGGGUCGCGCUCCGUGUUCUCCUCCCGCCAGCUCCCGCUCGCCUCAUUCUGUCUAAGCAGAACAACUUCGCGGACUGUGGCGCUCGCCCAUCAUGGGUGUUCCAGGUCCUCUGGCACCUUUCUUCUGAGAACGACCCGGGCUUCGAACAUCUGAGCAGGGGACGGAGGCCCGAAGCAGCCGCUCCGGCCGGUGCCCGCUCCUCCCGCCCGCGCGCGCCGCCCCCAGCUGCCCGGAUGCCGGCGCCCCGCGGGCCGCUGCUGACCAUGCCCGGGCGCCGGGGGGCGCUGCGCGAGCCGGCGGGCUGCGGGUCCUGCCUGGGGGCGGCGCUGGCCCUGCUUCUGCUGCUGCUGCCCGCCUGCUGCCCGGUGCGGGCGCAGAACGACACGGAGCCCAUCGUCCUGGAGGGCAAGUGCCUGGUGGUGUGCGACUCGAGCCCGUCGGCGGACGGCGCCGUCACCUCCUCGCUGGGCAUCUCCGUGCGCUCGGGCAGCGCCAAGGUGGCCUUCUCCGCCACGCGGAGCACCAACCACGAGCCGUCCGAGAUGAGCAAUCGCACCAUGACCAUCUACUUCGACCAGGUAUUAGUAAACAUCGGCAACCACUUUGAUCUUGCCUCCAGUAUAUUUGUAGCACCAAGAAAAGGAAUUUAUAGCUUCAGCUUCCACGUGGUCAAAGUGUAUAAUAGACAAACCAUCCAGGUCAGUUUAAUGCAGAAUGGCUACCCAGUGAUCUCAGCAUUUGCGGGAGACCAGGAUGUUACCAGAGAAGCUGCUAGUAAUGGCGUCCUGCUGCUCAUGGAAAGGGAGGACAAAGUGCACCUCAAACUGGAGAGGGGCAACCUCAUGGGGGGCUGGAAAUACUCCACAUUCUCUGGCUUCUUGGUUUUUCCUCUAUAAACACAGAGCCCCCUGGAUGGUGGGAAAAUUGCAAUCUGGACCCAGGAAUCCACCCUUCAAAACACCCUGAACUUGCCCUCAUAGGACAAACUGUUUCCAACCUCCAUCAGACAGUUGCGGUAGAAGAAUGAUUUCUUUAUAAAUCUUCAGUAUUUUUUUUUUUUGAAUAUUGACAAUUUCUCGAGAACCUGGCCUCUAAUUAGUUUUAGACGACAACGUCUUAAGGAGAAAUGAAAUUAUCGAUUUGAGCAAUUUGUACCUGUGAUUGUAAAGUCAAUAUCGGAUUUUAUUGUUGGGACCACUGACUUACAUUUUUUUCUGUUUGUACGUUGUAUUGUUGUCCCAAUGCAAGGAGUGCCGCUGGCCCAGGAUGGAUUGUAGGUUGCAGUCAGGGCUCAGAGUGAGAGCCCAGCAAAGAAUAGCCGUCAGGACAGUCCUUGCCAUGUGUUUGGUAUGAGUCUGUAUAGCCUUAAGAAAAAGAAUGGCUUCCCUUUCAUUCUGUAUUUUUCUCCCCACUGGGUGGACGGGAGGACUGGGGAGGGGGCUGGGGACAUUGUGAACCUGUCAAGAAGUGCUUUAUCUAGAGAAGCAAAUUUUGCACGAUUGGACUG